AAAAUGUUGGCCAUCAUCAGUAGCAUGACAUCAAAACACCAUGUCAUAGCAUUCCUGAUAUGCGUACUUGUUAUCCAAUUCCCAUGCCAUUCCAAUAGCCGCCAGUACUGCAACCCCUCUUCCUGCGGGACCAUCCACAAUAUUAGCUUCCCUUUCCGACUAAAUACCGAUCCUGAAAAUUGUGGCAAUCCCAAUUACCAGUUAACCUGUGAACAAAACCGAGCAGUGUUAACUUUAAAGUCCCAGAAAUACUAUGUCCAAUCCAUCAAUUACAACAACUUCACUAUCCGUCUGGUUGAUCCUGGUGUGCAACAUAACAACAAGUGCUCCUUUCCAAGAUAUUCUUUAGCCCGGUACAGUUUUUCUAGAUACGAUGUACAAGAUAACAAGAUGUACUCCGUUCUAAGUCAGUUCAAUUUAACUGCAUACCUUAAUCCAUAUGCCAUCUCACGGGCAAUGUAUGGAUGGGAAGACGUGCCUUUAAUUACUGUGCCAAUUAUUUUCUUCAGCUGUCCUUUCCCAGUGAAGUCUUCUACUUCUUCUGCUUUUGUGGAAACAACUAAAGACUGUUCAAAUAAAACCAGUGGAGGCUACGCUUAUGCUAAGCUAGGCCCUCUUAAUGCAUCGGAUUUACGAAUUUCAUGCCAGGUUGAGCGGAUAACAAUGAGUUCUUGGCGAAUUCAAGAAAAUGUGUCUGAGAUUAAUGUAACAAGUCUUGUGGAAAUCCAUGAUGCUUUGAUGUAUGGAUUUGAGCUAUACUGGUUCCGGGCUCGUUGUGAUCAUUGCAGGGGAGUACCGCUUUGUGGCCUUGACGAGACAAAUGAGAUUCGCUGCUGGAACAAAUACAUCUUCUAUGGUCCGAUGGGUACAUUUGUGAAAAUAUUGAUCAUUUUUUUGGGCGUCAUCAUACUUUUGGGGGUGUACUGUGGACCAAAGAUUUUAAUCGGAAUUCCAAGUGUAAUUGUUAUUCUAAUUAUCAAAAUACGAACAAGGCACUUAUCGGUGUUCGAUGCAAUCGAGAAUUUCCUUAACGCCGAUAAUAAUCUCUUGCCCAUUAGGUAUUCUUACAGACACAUUAAGAGUAUGACCAAGGGCUUCAAGGAGAAGUUGGGAGAAGGGGGCUAUGGUAUUGUUUACAAAGGCAGGCUUCGAAGUGGCAGCAACGUUGCAGUGAAGAUAAUGAGCAAGCCCAAGUCUAAUGGUCAAGAUUUCAUCAAUGAAGUUGGUUCCAUGGGAAGGAUUCAUCAUGUUAAUAUUGUUCGACUUGUUGGAUAUUGUGCAGAAAAUUUCCAGCAUGCUCUUGUGUAUGAUUUCAUGUGUAAUGGAUCCCUUGACAAGUACAUUAAUCAAGGAGUUAAUGCGAGUUUGUUGAAUUGGCAAAGGAAGUUUGAGAUUGUAGUGGGAGUAGCCCGUGGGAUUGAGUACUUGCACCGAGGUUGUGACAUCCAAAUCCUGCAUUUUGACAUUAAACCACACAAUAUCCUUUUGGAUGAUAACUUCAUUCCAAAAAUCUCUGAUUUUGGUCUCACAAAAUUGUUUCCUACCGAUAAAAGCAUUGUCACGUUGACUGCUACUCGUGGAACAAUUGGGUAUGUGGCGCCAAAGCUGAUCGAUAGAAGCAUUGUAGCUAUUUCUCAUAAGGCUGAUGUAUAUAGCUUCGGAAUGCUACUCAUGGAAAUGCUAGGCUUAAAGAGAACACCGGUUACUGAACAAGACGAGUCGAGUAAAUACUUCCCAUCUUGGAUUUACAAUGACAUCAACAAGGGCAAGGCAAUUGAGAUGGGAGAAGAAGAUGAGGAUGAUAAGAGAAUUACAAAGAAGAUGACCAUAGUUGGGCUUUGGUGCAUCCAAACUAGUCCAAUCCCGAGGCCUUCAAUGAGUAGGGUUGUUGAAAUGCUUGAAGGAGACGUUGAGCUGCUGCAAAUGCCGACGGAAACUUUCCUUUCGGAGCCAAUUAUGGAAGUGGAUCAAGAACAGAGUUCCAUGCCAGAAUCAUCUGAAUCCAUAGCAUUAUUGCCCAAUUCUGCUAAUUCCAACAGUAUAGGUAUAAUUGUGGAAGUGUAUGUGCAAUUAGAUGGUCCCAUAAUUAUCAGUUUGCUACUCUGUUCAACUUACUACUACCUUACAUAUUAUGUUGACUUUAUUGUAAGAUAGAUAUAAUAAAUUUUCAAAAAAUUGUGUUAGUAA